AUGGCUAGUAAUAACUGGAUUGUAGGUGGUCCUCGCGGGUGGAUUGUGCCUCCGAAUCCCGAUUAUUAUGAAUCAUGGAAGAAAGGAAAGGAAUUUUUCAAUUCCGACGAAUAUUGGUUUGUCUUUAAAAACAGAUCGCAUAACGUCAUAGAUGUAAAUAAGGAGGCGUUCGACGCAUGUGACCCCAACAAGGACACCAACGCCACGUAUAUCACUGAAACGAGGACUAGAGGUGUCGUGUUCAUGACCGCUGGCAUUAAAUAUCUCAUUUGCUCACAUCAUUGUUCAAAAGGCCACAAAAUAAUGAUCGACGUCAAAGAGUCAAAAGAAGAGUGGAGUGAACUAUGUGGAGGCACUAGUCUUGUAUUGUCAAAGGUGGGCGGGGUACCCAUCGAAACCCACGCGGGGACCCCUCUUGCCGAGCGGGGAUGGCACCGCCAUCACUUAGGUGAGGUAGAGAGAGGGAGUGAAAUGGGUGGGGAUUCACCGAAGAGAGGGGGAGGAGAGAGGGAGGAGAGAGGAUGA